CUUCUAUUUAAUGAGGCACAUCAACUGGAUUUCCACACACGAACGAUGCUCCCCACCGAACUGUAUAACCUCAUUAUCGACCAUCUCCAUGACUCCAAGCCAUCCCUCUUAGCAUGCUCCCUCGUCUGCUGCGCACGGGUCCCCGAAAGUCGUUUUCACGUCUUCCACAAAAUCCAACUCCGUCGCGACACAGAUUCGUUCUUCCAGUUGUUCGAGAGCCCCCAUGCUACCCUCGCUUCGGCACAUAUACGCGAGCUUAAUGUCGCGCAGAAUUCCGUCACUAGAGGUGGAAGUCCCGCAGACCUGCUUGAUGGCAGGACGUUCCAGGGCGUCUUGACUCGAUGUCCAAUGCAGAGAAACUGAGUAUUGGACAUCGAUUCAAGAGUGUGACCGAGCUCCGGUUGUGGAUGGUUGUUUUCCAGACAGAUGAAGAGUUCCAAGCUCUGAUCACUUCG